AUGUCCGACGGUCCUGAGUUCUCCAAGACUAACACUGCCACUUUCGGGCUCUCCAAGGACUUGGCUGUACCCAUCCAGGUCAAAAUUGGGUUCCUCCAGUCCACAAACGAUGCCAGGGCCCAAUUGGCGUCGCUAUCAGACAAGUUCGAUAACCCGCUGGUUUUCAAGAAACUAUCCAACAUCCACAAGAACUCCGAUCUCUACUUGUCGGUAGCGGUCUACGACGGCACAAACAAUAACCAGGUGUCAAUUGCGCUCCAAACACCCUACAAGUCGCUUGUGGCCAACAAGCGGACCUGGAACACCCACCUCAAACUAUCACAUUUGUACAACCAGGUGGCCCUCGACUCGUACUUGAAGUUCACCUUGUACGAGAUCACAGACACGAAACUGGUGGAGUUCGGAAUUGGCUACUUGUCGUUGUUCAAUAAGAAAACAUCCUGCCUCAGGAAGGGUGCCCAGAAGAUACCCAUCUAUCAACAAGACCCAACGGAGCACGUCGAGUACAACAACAUCCCAGGCCUCACCAGCUUGGAGGAGCUCCUCAUCAACUACGAGAAUAGCGAUUACCCCCAUGUCUCGUGGCUAGACAAGCUUUCGUUGGCUAGAAUAAAAAAGGAAAUCGAGCUCAAUACUGACCACGACUAUUACUUGUAUGUGGAGUUGCCCAAUUUCGAAUUACCGGUGGUGUAUUCGGAUAUCAUCUAUAAAAUCCCAGAAAUCCCCUAUAAUAAUGACAGUAAUACCGACGAUCCCUUCAAUUCCAGCAUAGUCAUCAACUCGAUCGAUAUACCGAUGACUAAAUUGACCUCUGCAGGGUCAAAUCAAAACUCAUCUAUCACCCGGUCUGAUGAACUCUAUGCUAAUGGUGCUCCCAAAGGCGUUACUCAUGGUCUUAAAGUGUACGACCCUGAUUUUAACUUUGCAUUUAUCAACAAUCCCCAAAAUACUACGGCCCUUUUGGAUCCAAUUGAGCUCAAGUACCAUAAACUAGAGAGAAAUAUUAAUAACAAUUCUAUUCUUGACAAAGAAUUAAAGCCAUCGCCUCAAAUACGUGAUGAAUUGUUGAAGAUUUUGACUAAACCCUCGAAUAUCGAAUUGAAUGACGUUGAAAAGAACUUGAUCUGGAAGUUCAGAUAUUUUUUCAGUAAGAACAACUCCGUUGGAACUGGUGCUGGAAGUUCAGGAAGUGAAGCUGCUAAGGGCAAUAUUACGACUACCAAAUCAUUUUUCCCCAAAUUUUUGAAAUCAAUAAAUUGGAAUAACGACUAUGAAUUGAGGCAUGUUUUCGAAGAGAUUAUACCGAACUAUUGGUCAGUAGAUAAGCUUCAAAUUGGUGAUGCGUUGGAAUUAUUGAGCAGCUAUUUUAAUCCUUAUACAUUAUGUCCCAUCCCUAUUGAACAAGGGACUCAAGAUGCACAAGCUCCUAACGGCUCAAAUUCUACGAAGAGUAGUAGAAAAACGGAAGACACUAAGGCUUACAAAGUCUUCAAAUAUGUCACCUACUUAAGAAAAUUAGCUGUUGAUCGACUCAAGCUUGCGAACAAUGAGGAACUCUUGCUUUACUUACUUCAACUAGUACAAGCAUUGAAAUAUGAGUCACUAAUUUAUGACCAGAAGUUUCCAGGGUCUGAUGGUUCUGAGAAUUUCCAAAUCGUGAAUGAGCUUAACAACGAGUUUGAUGUUUUAAAGUCUCCUUUAGCGAAAUUUUUGAUUGAGAAGUCGGUCCAAAAUGAGAAGUUGGGUAAUUUCUUUUAUUGGUACGUUAAAGUUGAGAAUGAAGAUCAACUUAGUCAAGGUCAAGUUCCGGCAAAAUCUAUCUAUACUGCAGUUCUCAAUAGAUUUAUUGAGAGUUUGAAAAAAUAUUCACAUUCAAAGAAGUUGCCUUACUAUAAGUAUUUGAAAAGGCAAAUUUGGUUCAUCAAGAAGUUGACCAAUUUAGUCGAGUUAAUUAGAACCUCAUUCAAAAAGAAUGAGCCCACAGCAAAAAAGAAGGAAUUUUUGAAGGAGUACUUGGCCAAUUCUUCGAACGAAUUAUUAAAGUUCCCAGAGCCCUUUCCAUUGCCUUUGGAUCCAUCUGUGAUGAUUUGUGGCUGUUAUCCUGAAGAAUCUUCUGUUUUCAAAUCAAGUUUAUCCCCGUUAAAAAUUACCUUUAAAACGUUGAUAAAUAAGCACUCAUCCUCUUCACAAUUGUUUGGUAAGAGAUAUCCAAAACACGGGAAAUAUCCGCUUAUGUUUAAAAUUGGAGAUGAUUUAAGGCAAGAUCAACUUGUUAUUCAAAUUAUCAAUUUAAUGGACCAGUUGUUGAAGAAUGAGAAUCUUGAUUUGAAAUUGACUCCGUACAAAAUUUUAGCCACAAGCCCUGUUGCUGGGCUCAUUCAAUUUGUACCAAAUGAGACUUUGGAUUCUAUUCUUGCAAGAACUUAUCCAGAAGUUGGAGACGCUGGUGGACAGUCUUCUGGGAUAUUGAAUUUUAUGAAGGUUCAUGAAGCAGAGGCAGAAAAUAGAAACGAUGAAGAGAAUUCAAGCGAUAUUCAAGCAAGGAGUGUUAUCCAAGGGCUUGGUGAUAGUGAAGGAAGUCUGAGUAUCGCAAACAGCAGACAAAGUCAUCAUCCGAUUAUUUCUUCUGAUCUUGGUGUGUCCAAUGUACUCAUGGAUAACUAUGUAAAGUCAUGUGCUGGAUAUUGUGUUAUCACUUAUCUCUUGGGUGUUGGUGAUCGUCAUCUUGAUAAUCUUUUAUUAUCUCCAAACGGGAAGUUUUGGCAUGCUGAUUUUGGUUAUAUUUUGGGUAGGGAUCCCAAACCGUUCCCGCCAUUGAUGAAGCUUCCCAUUCAAGUCGUUGAUGGAAUGGGUGGUCUUACACAUGAGAAUUUUAAUAUUUUCAAAAGUUAUUGCUUCAUAACAUACACCACAUUAAGAAAGAACAGCAAUUUGAUUUUGAAUUUAUUUCAAUUGAUGUUGGAUGCAAACAUUCCUGAUAUUAAAAUAGAUCCUGUUCGUGCAAUUGAAAAGGUUCAGGAGAAAUUCUGCUUAGAAAUGACAGAGGAAGAAGCAAUUUUGCAUUUCCAAAACUUAAUCAAUGACAGUGUGAAUGCAUUUUUACCGGUGGUCAUUGAUAGAUUACAUAGUUUAGCACAAUAUUGGAGGGCUUAG